AUGAGAGAUAAGAGUACAAACGAUGGAGUAUAUGUAAAAUGUAUAAAAGAUGAUAAAGGAAAGGUUCUAAUGAAAGAAGAUGAUAUAAAAGAUCGAUGGAAAAAUUACUUUGAAAACUUAAUGAAUGAAGAAAAUUCAUGGAAUAAAUCGAUAGGAGAGGAAAGAGUGAAUGUGGGUUUAGUCAGAGAAGUAAGAAUGGAAGAAGUAAAACAAGCUGUGCGAAGUAUGAAAAGCAGUAAAGCCGUAGGACCAGAUGGAAUACCAGUGGAAGUAUGGAAGUUAUUGGGUGAAAAUGGAUAUAAGUGGCUCACUUUAUUCUUCAAUAAGUUGUUGCAUGAAGAAACUAUUCCUGAAGAAUGGUGCCAAAGCAUAUUGGUGCCUAUUUUCAAGAAUAAGGGUGAUGUUAUACUGCAUUAUCGAGGAAUAAAGCUUAUGUCACAUACUAUGAAAGUGUGGGAGAAAAUGAUAGAGAGACGCUUGCGAGAGGAGUGUGAUAUUUCACAAAAUCAAUUCGGAUUUAUGCCUGGUCGAGGCACCACGGAUGCCAUUUUUGCACUACGCCAGCUGUGCGAAAAAUACCGGAAUGUAAAUAAAAAUUUGCAUAUGGUAUUUGUCGAUCUCGAAAAGGCAUACGACCGAAUUCCCCGUCUAGUUUUGUGGUGGGCCCUAAAGAAGAAAGGUGUACCAGGGAACCCUUACCUCUUCCUCAUUGUAAUGGAUGCUCUGACAUCGGACAUUCAGGACGAGGUACCCUGGUGUAUGCUGUUUGCCGACGAUAUUGUGCUUGUUGGUGAGGAUGGAAUCGAGGUCCAGAGUAGACUAGAUAGAUGGCAAGAAAAACUGGAGAGUGUUGGCUUGAAGAUCAGCAGAACUAAAACUGAAUACCUAUUCUGCGAUUUCGGCGGUCUCUCCAGUUUCAAGCCUAUCUAUCUAAACGGUGUAAUGCUUCCGGUCUGCUCCGAUUUUCGGUACCUCGGUUCAGUUAUUCAGAACACUGUAAGGCACAGAAUGGGCGGGAUGGAUGAAAUGGCGACAGGUCUCGGGAACGAUAUGCGACCCCCGAAUGCCCUUGAAACUAAAGGGUAA